AUGGCAUAUUGUUUAGGCGAAGAGUUCCGAACAACACUCUCAAGAGUGAAAACUCAGUACAACGAUCUCCCCUUUGUGGGAGCCAUUCCUUAUGCAGUCCGGAUGCUGAUCAACAAAUUUCGCGCCGGUAUUAGCCCUCACCUAGAAAAGCUUAGACGCGAUCUGGCACACGACCUGAGAGUAGUUUUCAAAAGCUCGGUUGACAAAGUGUUCCUUCUACAUGCUUUGUCUGAGUCCGACAUUAAGAAAGACAUCAAGAAAGGCGUGGAUGACUGCGCCGACUCUCUGGCCCUAUGCGUAAGAGAGCAGCUGGAUAAGCUCGAGAAGGCGAUCAUCAACGGCGUUUUUGAAACAUACAUGGAGCGAUUGGAGGAUCCAUUUAUCGAAUGGGAGUCCAUGUUCGGCGAAGAAGCUUGCGAGGUGCUGGAUAAAUACACAAACUCAACCUCCAGCUCGUAG